AUGUACUGUGAAAUGGGUAGGUCGGCGCUGCAGAUGACGCAGUCCUCUUCACUAGGUGGUGACCUUGGUGGAUGGUCCGCCUUACUGAUGCUCUGGGCGUGGGAGCGAUUUCCUCAUACAACACCACUACAUAUAGAGACGGGGGCGCAGAUUACCGAGGACGCAGUCUAUAGUGCACAAAACUUAUAUUAA